AUGGUCCAGAAGGCAACUAGUACUCUACACUGGCUCAGACGUGCAUUUAAAAUAUUUCCUCCCGAACUCUUCGAAAGACUCUUUGGUGUCUUUGUAAGACCUCAUCUAGAGUAUGGAAUGCCAGCAGCUUCACCAUGGAUGAGGAAGGAUAUCAACUUACUCGAACAGGUGCAACGCAGAGCGACAAAGAUGGUUGACGGUCUAAAGCAUUUAUCUUAUCAGGAGAGGCUGCAUUUGCUUGGUCUAUUCCCUCUCUCUUUUAGACAAAUAAACUGCAGCCUACUCUGGACGUUCCGGAUUGUUCGCGGCCAGGGUUGCUCAUUAAGAGCAGAGGAUUUCUUUGAGUUUGCCCGUGCAAACCAACUACGCGGCCAUGCAUUCAAAGUCGGGAAUGAGCGCACGCGUUUAGACCGACGAAAAUUUUCAUUCAGCCAGCGGGUUGUCAGGCCGUGGAACUCGCUUCCAAGCGAGAUGGUGACGGCUGACACAGUUUGUGUGUUUAAAAGAAAACUUGCUCGUCUAGUUUUCGACAGAAAUCGGCUCGUACAGCAUGACUAUGCACAGCCAGUUUUGUAAAAUCUGUCAUAUACAAUCUUCCGCACUAACUUACAGUGACCCUAUGCACUACCUUAUGAUUACGAUUGAACUGUGACCCAAUCACAUUUUAAAUGCCUGCAAUUUUAUUUUAUUUUUGAGUAUGAAUCUGCGAAAGCACUGUACAUAAAUAGGGUCAUCAAGGGCUCUGCCUGUAACCCUUCAAUAUACAUACAUACAUACAUAUCACCAUCAUCUCUGAGAGACUCUGGCAGUCCCUUGGCAGCCCCACGAUCCAGCAGACUUCGCAGUCCGCCAUAAGUGCGUGCAGUGGUCUCGUACAGCUAAUUGGGCAGCUGCAAUGCUGUGUGUCGUUCCGCGGUACCAGCAUCACCGCGAUCUGCUACAUCACCAAGUCUGAUCUAAACCUACUUGGUCUCGACUGGAUUGAACAACUUGGGUUGGCCGAUAUGCCCUCCGCGUUGUUUGCAGUCAGGUGCAGAUUCCCGCUGUGCUUGCAGACCAAGCCAAGGACAUUCGCCAACGCUUUGCUCCAGUGUUCCAAGACGGCCUGGGUCGUUGCACAUACACUCAAGCCGUGCUACAUCUGUCUCCUGGAAGUCAACCAGUCUUCCGUCCAAAGCGACCAGUCCCAUAUGCAGCCCUACCACUUGUCGAGGCUGAACUGAAGUGUCUAGAGGAAUUGGGAGUUCUGGUUCCUGUAUCCUACUCCGCCUGAGCCGCUCCAAUCGUUGUGGUUAAGAAGCCCAAUGGCUCGGUCCGCAUUUUUGCUGACUUCUCCACCGGUCUCAAUGCCGCGCUGACGCCGAACUGCUAUCCAUUACCGGUUCCGGCUGAUCUUUUCACCCUGCUGAAUGGUGGCACUUGCUUUGCCAAGUUGGAUCUCGCUGACGCGUAUCUGCAGAUCGAGGUCGCCCCAGAGUCGCGCAAAUUGUUGACCAUCAACACCCACCGCGGUCUGUUCCAAUACACCAGGCUGCCCUUUGGUGUCAAGACCGCCCCGGCCCUAUUCCAACAAACGAUGAACACAAUGCUCUCCGGCAUCCCUGGAACAGCUGGGUACCUGGACGACAUCAUCAUCGUGGGUCGCUCCCCUGCCGAGCUGCAAGACCGAGUGUGCGCAGUACUCGAACGCGUGCAGGAAUAUGGCUUUCGCCUACGAGCCGACAAGUGCCAAUUCUUCCUCGACUCCAUCAAGUACCCUGGAUUCGUUUUUGACGCCAAUGGUCGCCAUCCAGAUCCUGAAAACAUUCGGGCCAUCCAACGGAUGCCUGUCCCCAAGAAUGUAUCGCAACUUCGUUCGUUCCUUGGCCUGAUCAGUUACUAUAGCACCUUCCUACCAUCGCUGCAUGACGUACGGGCCCCGCUCAACCGUCUGUUGCAGAAGGAUGCUCCUUGGUGCUGGUCCCCCGACUGUGAAAAGGCCUUCGCCCAGCUAAAGUCGAUGCUGAGUUCAGAUCUGCUGCUCACGCACUACGACCCGACGCUGCCGAUCGUUGUUGCUGCAGAUGCUUCCAACCACGGAGUUGGUGCCGUCAUCUCACAUACUUUUCCUGAUGGGUCUGAAAAGGCGAUCCUGCAUGCAUCUCGCACGCCAACCCCUGCGGAGAAGAACUAUGGGCAAAUAGAGAAAGAAGCUCUAGCCCUCGUGUUUGCCGUCAAGAAAUUUCACAAACUGUUGUACGGUCGCCACUUCACGUUGUUGACGGAUCACAAACCAUUGCUGUCAAUCUUCGGUUCGAAGGAGGGCAUUCCCGUCUACUCAGCCAGCCGACUUCAGCGAUGGGCAACCAUCCUUCUUGGCUACGAUUUCGACAUUCGCUACUGUCGUACUACAGACUUUGGUCAGGCUGACGCCCUUUCUCGCCUCAUCAGCAAUCAGUAGGAACCGGAGGAAGAUACCGUGAUUGCCGCUAUUUCGAUUGGGGACGAUGUGUGCCGUCAGUUAUCAGACGCCAUACGAGGUAUCCCUGUCACUGCCGCGGACAUCCGGUAUGCUACUGAACAGGAUCCUGUCCUCCGCCAGGCCAUCACCUACGUGCAGACCUGCUGGCCAACCACUGCUCUCGCUGGCGAUCUUCGCCAGCUCUUCCUCCGCCGAGCAUCGCUAUCUGUGGUUGACUCCUGCCUCAUGUUUGCAGACCGUGUGGUGAUCCCAUCUUCCCUCCGACCCACUGUACUACGCCAGUUCCAUGCGGCUCAUCCUGGUGCCAGCCGAAUGAAUUCUAUUGCUCGCAGUUUUGCCUACUGGCCGGGUAUCGACGGCGACAUCGACGACCUGGUUCGACGCUGUUCUCGAUGUCAGCAAACUGCCAAGAUGCCGCAUCGUCAACCUCCAAUACCCUGGCAACCACCGGAGAGGCCUUGGUCACGCGUGCAUAUCGACUUCGCUGGCCCACUUACGGAGUCUCCUACCUAAUCUUGGUUGACGCCUACUCGAAAUGGCCCGAGAUUGCUCCGCUGAAUCCAGCAACCGCAUCUGCCACUAUCGCCUUCCUAUGACGCAUCUUUAGCCAGCAUGGCUUACCGGAAGUCCUGGUUUCAGAUAAUGGUUCUCAGUUUAUCUCGUCGACGUUUGAAGAUUUCUGCCGCCAGCACAACAUCCAGCAUCUUCGCUCCCCGACCUACCAUCCUCAGUCUAACGGUCAGGCGGAGCGUUUUGUCGACACGUUUAAGAGAGCCCUCUUGAAAGCUCGUGGGGAGGGGACCACGGACGAGAUAGUCCAGGCGUUCCUGUUUUCCUACAGGACGACACCGAACCCGGCGUCCCCUGGUGGCGUUUCUCCUGCCGAAGCGUUGAUGGGCCGAAAACUGCGGACAACAUUUCAUGCCCUCAUCCCUACCGGUGCGCAGCCCGCGCAGACUUCUCCAGUUUCUCGCAGCAAGCUCUCCAUCGGAACACCUGUCUUCGUUCGUGAUUAUCGAGCGGGGUUCCCAAACUGGAUUGAAGCAACCGUAGUAUCGCGCAGAGGCAGUAUGUUGUUUGACGUCGACGUUGGUGAUGACAUCUGGGUUCGCCACCACAACCAGAUCCGACGGCGACAUUGCAGUAACACAACUGGGCUCGAUUCGGCGCCGUCACUCUCUCUCGACAUCCUACUGGAUACCUUCGCCAUUCCGGCAGAUCAGUCGGUUCCCGAACUCACUUCUGCGCCCCCUUCGGAUAUACCAUCUUCGGUAUCAGUUACCGCUCCCGUAUCUCCAGGCAUUAAACCACGACUAAGACGCCGGACCAACCGCGUGCGCCGAUCAACACGUCUGAUGCAGGUCAAUUCACGCCAGAAGCGGUACUGA